UGGGGGCCUAUCCGUGUUGAUUCCAGCGUCAUUUUGAUCUAGAACUUUUAGCCUGGCUGUGUACCCAAUUUUUGAAUAUCGUUUUGAGUUACAUUCAAUCUGCAGAUGCUCAAAAAAUAUUGGUUUCUUUAACCAUUUAUGUUCAAGUAUAUUAUAUCCGCUGUGCUCAGUAGGCAUAUUAAAAUUUAUCAUUGUUUUGUAAGCUUGAAAAUAGCAAUGACAGUUUUGCGAUUCUGGUCUUUCCCUGGUUGUCAAAGUCUAAAUGAACCCCAUUAUAUGUUUCAAGCAUAUGUCAGUCGUCCAUAUCAUUGUUUGGGAUCAUGCUUAGUAAGGCAAAGUGCACAAAAUGGUUCUAUAUCAGCAAUUUUUUCCUGAUUGAACUCUGCAGAUACUCAUAGACUUGGCAAAGAUUCAGAGAAGGUCCCAUUUCCGCAUGGAAGCCUAACAUGAUCCGCUAACGGUGCAUUUAACAUGCAUGUAUUCCUUAAUUCAAAAGCGACUGAUCCUAAGAUAGCAAGCAAUCAUUAUACCCGGCUAAAUUAUUGGUUUUUACCGAAAUAUUUUAGCCUUAUAAACUCUGGUUAGAAACGGAUGUUUCAGUGAAAUUCGAAACUGAAAACUGUUACGUUCAUUUCUAUUCUAAGCUUUGUUUUAAAGAAAUGUUUAGAGAAACUGAAUCUAAAGUUCAUAGUUGUUUUGACACUUUAUUCCGAAAUAUUCGUGUGUAAUAUCACGCUUUUAAGUCUUUGCUUUACUGAAGAAUUCAACUGACAAAGUCCGGGGAUUUUUGAGGUAAAUUACCCGAAUAUCUUAAAUUUUUGGGGGCACGAAUCUGCGAUUUGGCUACGAAUUACUGUGCCGAAUAACUCUCUGAAAACCUGGCCCAGUGAUUUUAAGUGAAAUACAAGUAAUAUAACAUCGAGUUUUAUCAUUUUAAUGCACUUUCAUACGGUGUAACUUGGGCUUAUAUGUUAUUUAUACCGUAGUUGGCUUUCAUCCAUUUUGAAGAAUCCGUGUCGUACUGCACGAAAUUACUCCGCGCUUUUUAGGGUAAAUAAAGAAGAUCUGCGAUUGGUUGAUGAAACGUAGUACCAUUGAGUCGUACGUAUAUACUUCGAUCUGAUUGGCUGAUCUGACGCACACGUCAUGUUACUCCUGUAUAAAAAAAUUGAAAAUUUUGAAUUAAGUAAACAUUUUGUCAGACAUUUGAGCCGAUAACAUAGCGAGAACAAACGAUAGUAUAUAAGGUUCGUGGUCGAGUAAGGGGAAGUUAUAAACGUAUUGAAGACCAACUCGGAAGACCAGACUUCACAGAGAAACAUGGCAUCGAAGAUCAUGGAUAUGACCAAGGAAUUAGCGGAAGAUAUUGUGCUGUUUAAAGUUGGUAAAGAAACCCCAGCUGCAAGCGUCUCACUAACUGCCCGAACACUGCGACGCAUUGCUGCAGAGGUCGAAGCCACACACGGUGAUCUAUUUGUGAACAUGUUACGUACGUUAGACUGCCAAACAGAUAAUUAUUCCGAAGUGUAUUCGAAGAUAGUUGAAAGUAUGUUUGAAGAUCAUGUCAUUAACUGGGGAAGGAUUGCAGUUUUAUUCACAUUUUCAGGCCACUUGGCGCUUUACUGUAAGCAGCAUGGCUUGCAAGAAGAAUCAGAUCUUGUUCCUUUGUGGCUCACGUCAUUCGUCAAUAAACGACUUCUAAAAUGGAUCCAAAAUAUUGGAGGAUGGGACUCCUUCAAUGAACAUUUUAAAGAGAAAAAAGCUGAUAGGGGCCGUUGGACUGAUGUUAUAUGUACAAUGUCAGUUGUGGUAGCAGGGGCUGCCGGUGCUGCCCUUGUUUUUGCCAGAUAGCUUCAAACACCGUUUCAAAUACGCACACGCUAAUCUGCUGCGCGCCUGCCGUUGGAGGAACUGGAAAGACAAGCUAGAGACGUGAGAUUGCCCUUCCAGAAAAGUUGAUCGUUUUCACUAAGUAUUAUCGAGCAGUUUCAUGGUUGAAAUCAGCAGGUUGCUUCCUCGUAUGCUGACCGUUUAAUCCUUAGUGAAAGCAACCAACGAACCUACAUCAAGAGUUUUAGUCUUGCAAGAAGAACGGACACACAAAGUCAUGUUGACUGCUGCGACACGGUCGUAUUGUAUACGACGAAGUAUAUGAACCUCGACGUAAUUCAUCUGAAAUGUUGCUGUUUCAAGCAAUUUUUGAACACGAUUUUGUAUUUGUGUAUUUGGAUGGGAAGAUUGUUAAACUGCCUUUUGAGACUUGGUGGCAUUGAUCUGAUGACUAGUUUACCGAAGAUUCAGUCCUUUGUUAGCGUGAAAAACAUUGAAACAAGAUGAGAAUCAACCGCAUUUUAUUGACUUUAUGUUUCCCGAAACACUGGGAGAUUUAUAGAUGAAAGAGUAUUAAUAUAUUGUAUACUAGUCUUAUGAAAUAUUUUGAAUUAUAUAUUGUCUAGAGUGCUAUAUUGAAAAUAGUAUAUUGUAAUAUAGGACGUCAUGUUCAUCUAUGCAUGUACGGUGUAUAUAGUUAAAAUAAAAUUGUUCAACAUU